ACAUCGAUCAACAAUAUUUGGAGAUGCUUCUCGAGCCCUCGCCCUCAACACGCCCUGGCAAUCCUGCCACUGGAUCAGUCAGAAAAAGAUUCUUCAAACGAUAAUCAUGGUAACGAGUUGCUUACUGAAGGGCGCCUCCGAGCGGUGACAGAGUGCCAGCGAAAAGUGAACGAGAUCAUCAAAGAGUGUAGGCGGGUGAAUAUGAGAUACAGAGACCGUGACUGGGAUCUUACAAUGUUUGAUCUUGGUGAGAUAUCUGGCCCCGACACAGAGCCAAAUGCGCCUGGCGCCGUCAAAAGAGUACAUGAAAUCUUUUCGCUGCCUACGUUCAUGAAGAAUGUAGAUGGUGGAGAUGUGAAGCAGGGAAAGCUCAGCAACUGCUGGUUUGUCACAGGCUUGACCGCUCUUGCGAACCUCGAAUAUGGGCUCACUCAGGCCUGUGCGGCACAUGAC